AACGUAUGAACCGAACAUUAUUGACUAUUGACAGGCCUCCCCUCGCAGGCCUGGGCCUUGGACCCAGGGCUUAUUCUUGGACAAGGUGUGGAGGGGAGGUGCUUCCAGAUGGACACUGAGACGGAAAUGAUCCCCUCUUCACCCCACCCAACGACGUCAGAAUGCCCAGAUCUCUCGGGCUGUGUGUUGCGUUUAGACAGAGCUUCGCCAGGUUUGCCCCUCCCCCUUCUCGGCUUGGGCGGCGCAAAGGGGGUGAGGUCCAGGGGGGAAGCGCGUUCCAUGGUUAUGGUCGGACCACCGGUGGUCACUCAGCUUGACAACCCGGGCUGUGCCUGGCUCGGCGCGGGCAGAGUCCACGACGCAGGAUGCUCCAAUAACGGUGUUACCUGCAGCCCACUUGUCCAGAAACAUCGAGAAGAGGGAAAGGCGAUGGUCGCGUUUUGCAUAUUUUCCAAGAUUUCGUUCGUAUUGCGAUCUUUUGGGGGUGGAAAGCCCCAGAAGCUGGGAGUUUCUCUGAGCCGAGGCCCUCCCUCUCCCUCUCCCUCUCUCUACCCCCGGUCUCUCCAAUCAGAAAUGCAUGUCGAGUCAAGAUCGUCAUCAGUGUUCAAGGUGUAACCAGACACUGUCUUGGCCGAUCGAGCGACUCGAAAUUCCAGAAACCCUACCCGCUUCUGCCGUGAGCUCGCGGAUCUGUACGCCGAACGGAAAACUCGAGUCAUUCUUUGCAUUCCAGCUCUUUCGUGUUCCUGCGUCUGGCGGUGUGACCAUCGCAGUACCUUUUUUUAUUUUUUGCUCCACACGUUGCUCUACCCGUCCCUAUGCAUCGAUGCUCCCUUGUUGACCGUAUCCAAGCCGGAGAGGGGCUGCUGCAGCGACA